CGAAAGGAACCAGCCGAGAUUACCGAGUGUCCUGCAAACAGGACUAACUGCUGCCGAAACAUGUUGCGCCUCCUGCUGCUGCCCCUCUUCCUCUUCACGCUGUCCAUGUGCAUGGGCCAGACCUUCCAGUACUCCCGCGGAUGGACCAACGGCAAGAGGUCCUUCAACGCCGCAUCUCCACUCCUGGCCAACGGCCACCUCCACCGGGGCAGCGAGCUGGGACUCACGGAUCUCUACGACCUGCAGGAUUGGAGCAGCGAUCGCAGGCUGGAGCGCUGUCUGUCGCAGCUUCAACGUUCUCUGAUUGCCAGAAACUGUGUCCCGGGUUCGGACUUCAAUACUAACCGAGUAGAUCCGGAUACCGAGAACAGCCUCCAUCCCAGACUGAGCAACAUUAAUGGCGAGAAUGUGAUGUACUCCAGUGCCAACAUCCCCAACAGACAUCGCCAGUCGAACGAACUCCUAGAGGAGCUGAGUGCCGCUGGAGGAGCUUCCGCCGAACCAAAUGUGUUUGGAAAACAUUAGCCACGAUACAUUCGAUGUGAAACCUAUUGUUAAACUAGCAAAAAAUGCUACA